AUGGGCAGGGAAGACAAACAAUUGUGGAAAUCAAAUUAUUUCUUAAAAAUUAUCAAAUUCUUAGAAGAAUAUCCAAAAUGCUUUAUUGUUGGAGUAGAUAACGUUGGUUCAAAACAGAUGCAAGAAAUUCGACACGCGAUGCGAGGCCAUGCUGAGAUACUUAUGGGCAAAAAUACAAUGAUCCGAAAAGCUAUUCGCGGUCAUUUAAGUUCUAAUCCUGAUCUGGAAAAGCUCAUGCCACAUAUUGUGGGCAAUGUUGGUUUUGUAUUCACCAAGGAAGAUCUGAGUGAUAUACGAAAUAAAUUGUUGGAAAAUAGACGGGGUGCGCCUGCCAAAGCAGGAGCCAUUGCUCCUUGCGAUGUCAAAUUGCCUCCACAAAAUACAGGAAUGGGUCCUGAAAAAACAUCGUUUUUCCAAGCUCUUCAAAUUCCUACAAAAAUUUCUCGUGGCACUAUUGAAAUUCUUAAUGAAGUGCAUUUGAUUAAAGUUGGUGAAAAAGUUGGAGCAUCUGAAGCGGCUUUAUUGAAUAUGCUAAAUAUACAACCGUUCACUUAUGGUCUUGUUGUUCAGCAAGUUUAUGAAAAUGGAAUGGUUUUUUCUCCAAAUGUAUUAGAUGUUACCGCAGAAGAUAUCCGUAGUCGUUUCCUUGAAGGAGUACGUAAUGUGGCUGCUGUAUCACUUUCGAUCGGUCAUCCAACAAUGUGUUCUAUUUCACAUUCGAUCGUCAAUGGUCUUAAAAAUCUAUUGGCAAUUGCCGUUGAAACCGACAUUGAUUUCAAAGAGGCUCAUAUGAUCAAAGAAUAUCUGGCGGAUCCAUCGAAAUUUGCGGUAUCUUCAGCCAUUUCAGCUCCAGCGGCAAGUGCGGCUAUAAAGGUUGAACCCAUACCUGCGCAAAAAGAAGAAAUGAAGGAAGAGGAAUCUGAUGAAGACAUGGGAUUCGGGCUUUUUGAUUAA